AUGUCCUCCAGCAAUAAUGAUACCACUGAAAAAUUCACAGAUGAAGAACGAGAAGAAUAUGUGACCAAAUAUCUCUCUCUCAUUGAUCAGUACAUGAAUAUUUAUAAAAAUGAUUUAAUUCCAAAUAUUAAAAGUGGACAUUUCAACAUGGCUGCAACCCGAUUGAAUAUGGGAGCUGAAUAUUUAGGUUUGGAACGAAUUCCGAAUCAAGAAGAUAUUUUAAAAUCAAAAAUUCAUUUAAAUCCACAAACAUUGGAAGUGAUGGACUUUGAAAAUGUUUCAAGUCACUUUCAAACAUCUUCACAACAACAAUCUAAUAAUUCGGAAGAUGUAAAACAAGACGAUUCUUCGUCUGGUGUUAGGAAAAGAAAACCCAAUACUCUGAUUUCAACCACAGCUGAAUCAACCGAUUCAGAUUUAUCAUCAAUUUCUGCCUCAAAAUUAAGUGCAAGCGUUGAAGAGAAUUUAAAAAGAAAAAAUCCAAUUUAUUGGUUCGGAACACUUCAACUAUCAGAAGAUCUAGUUCAAGCUCAAUUACAUUUUGUCAAUGCAGUCAAAAGUAUUUUAGAAUUAGGAAAAAUUGUAAAGGAAAUGAAUGAGUUAGAACAACAAAAGCAUAGAUAUUGA